UUUCACUUUGUUAUAUUGCAAGCGUGCAGCGUGGACGAGCCCUUCGACAUAAAGUUUGACCAUUCAGGCAAUUAAGAAGCAGCUACCGACCUGAUUGUCCGCUUGUGAGUCAAGAAAUCUCAAGAGAUAUUGUGUAUUCAUCUCCAACAACAAAAGAAGAAGGCGUUUGACAAUUCAAUCUCGGAAUUAUAAAUGGUCAAAUCAACAUGGCUGACACAGCAGUGUCAGCAGAAAACAUUCUUUCUCAAAAACCUUGAACAGAAAACAAUCGACGUGUUUCGCCCCCUUACGACAUCUGUAUAACGGUAGAGUGAAGCCAUGACAGCUAUGAUAGUCUUAGUGACUAACUUCUGUACGGGAAUGUUCGUUGCUAUCUGGACAAUAUUUUCAAAGACUGCGUACGUUCUAGCGGAGAAAUUUUUCAUGGUAUUUCUUCCCUUGAUGAUAAAGGCAUCUUACUAUACCGCAGCGCUUAUUCUUGAGAUUUCGUCCGUGGUAUACGAAAAUUUUUGCGUGGUCACGGUGAAAGUGGAGGAUAAGUUUGAAUAUCUCAGUCCAUCUGGAAUUAGAAGCUGUGUAUUUAUGUUAUGGGCUCUACUGAUUGCUUUUAGAUUUAGAAAUCGAUUAUCAGGAACUUUUUUUUCGGAAAUUGACGACAAAGAAUACGCUAUAACAUCAUCCACGGACGCUGCUGAUGGCGUUAAGAAUAGUUCAAGCCUGAGAGAGAGGUCUUCUUACUCCCAGAGCUCGGUUAAAUACGACAUGUUACGAGGGAAGGCGACUGGCAACGACUCCAGUGUUCGGUUUCGCGGGAAGACAAAAGGCAAUGAAGAGAAGGGCCCCGAAAAUAAUGAUGGAACUGAAGGUAAGUUCGUGAAAAACUUCGUUGCCCGGAUAACACUCUAGCCUCCUACGUUACGUAGCCGUUUUUGUCUCGUCACGCAAAGCUCGUAAGGUAUUGACUGUGCGUAGGAAACUUGUAACCCUCUCGAUCUGCAAUCAAGUACUCUCAUGCGCUUGAACAUAAUUACUGUUCAUUUAUUAUUCAGGCCCAUAGGAGGGGAAGAGGCAGAAUAGGCGUCUGUAAGUUUGUGAACAGUGUUGAUAUAAAUCUAUAAAACAAAAGAAGCAAGGCUGAUUUUACAGUGGGAAUGCCCAGCCUUGCUUCUUUUGUUUUAUAUUUUCACUUAUUGCUGAUUAGAUCCUUUAUUAGGAUCCGGUCCUUCUUUUUUGUAAACUGAUCCUUUCUUCAAAAAUUGAAUACAACUCUUUGCAUGUCUUUGCAUGCCUUAUGACCUAUUUGUUAAUGUCACAGCGUUUCCACUGCAGUGGAAACGCUGUCACAGAAGUGGGGCUUAAAUGUAUGAAUAAAAUAUGCGGAAAACAACAUCGCAAGAAGGCAAGCUAACUUUUAUUAAAAAAUUAACGUUAUUUAACUUUGUAAUCUUUGAACCGACCGUUGUAACACAACACCUCACAUUUUGUUUGCGAGCCCAUGCAAUCCUUCCGUUGAACGACGUGACCUGGUAACACAACACCUCACACAUAUUGUUAGUUUUAUAAUUGCCCGUUGUAUACUAAAUUGUGCUUGGAAGGCCUGUGAUAUAAGUAGGGCAAUGUUGUUCAGCGCUCCCAUAGUGAGCUUGCAUGGGUAUCCUUAAUUUCACCCAUAUUUACAAGAAACUCUUUAAAGCUAAAUGUCAGGCUAUUUUUCAUGACCGAUGUUAGCAAUUAUUGUAAAAAAAGAAAAUAGAGCUUCCAAUUAACAUUUAUAUAAAAAUAUCGAGAAAUUUAGGUAGUAACGAAUAAAAAUUUAGGUAGCAACUUUUUGGCAUAAUUCCAGUAAGCAACGUUCCAGCACUUUACGAGCACAAUCGUGACAGUCCUACUCACUGAUAACCUUAAGCGUCGCUUGCGAUCUUUCAACUGCUGAUUGAGUAGCGAUCGAGGGUGAGACAUUUUUCUGCACGACGUCCCAAGCGAGUUCACAAAGGUUGAAGCAACCUAACGAGUAAGGGGUAACUCACGACAAAAGUCCCGGCCCCAGUUGUUUUAAAGUUGGAUAGCGCUAUAUCCACCGGAUGAAUAAUUAUCCAACGGAUAAGUGUUAGGGAAACCAAUUGCGUUAUCCAGUGGACAGUGAUUUAUCCGGUGGAUAGCGUUAUCCACCUCUUGAACAACUGGUGCCUGGAGUACAGAUUAUUUGUGUGCUCCGAAUUGGAAAAUAGACCGUUAAGCUCGAGGAAGGGUGGGGCGGGGGGGUUGGUGAGGGGUAUACUCCCUCAUCCUAGAUGGGUCUUGAGUCUUGUUGUUGUUGUUGUUGUUAAUUAAGUCUUAACACGGCUAAGUCAACACGGUACGCAGUGUCACUAUUUAACUGGGCAGCCUGUGGCCAGCCCAGUUUAUAAAAUACGUUCCAUUUUCUUCUUGGGAGGGGGGAGGGGUUCUGGGAAGUCGUAGCGGGGUUGUGCCGUCCUGCUUUCCUAAUCUUGACACUAUUUCAGAAUAAUAUGUAGAUAUAAAUCUGUCUGGAUUUGCUACAGAAAUCUCUCUUAUAUGCCUUCUGACCAAGAGAGGUAUUUAUUUUUUCAUCCGGUUACUUUUUAUUUAUUUCAUCGGUACCGGAUAGGCUACAGUACAUAAACUUUGAUGAGUUUCUCACUGGCAUUAACCUAUUCCCCCCCCCCCCCCAAACCUUCCCCCCAAAACACUUAACUCGCUCGCAUAGUGGGUUGUCUUAGAGUUUUUUGGCUGCCUUGAGCAAAAUUUUCCGGAAGGUAUCAUUAAGCCUUAUGAAGGAACAAUUCUCACGUCUGGCAAAGUCUGCUGCGUCCAAUAUCUUCUCGUAUUUCUUCUCAUUUCGGGCUACACGGGUGAAAGACUGAUCCCGGGCUUGAGACGGAAAGAUUGGAUAUUGCGAGCUUUGCUGUUGUCAGUAACAAGUCUUUGGCCUCACAAAGUAGGUUCUAGGGUUGAAAUCUAGUCAGCGAGAUGGAAAUUCAUGCUGAUUUCUGACCAGGCCAAAGACUUAGUAAACAAUUGGCGGGGGCUGUACGUCUCCUUUUCAACCGCUGGUUUACAUCCGGGAUCUUGAAUGAAUCGACUGUCAGUGAGUCGAGAAAAGUUCCAUGUGACGAUUUAAUGUGGAGAAAGCGAGGGUUUUUCGGAGUAAUUUGACGAUGUUUCGCCCGUGUUAAGUGUGGAGAUAUUGUGAGUGGUUUUGGGAAGUGUUGUCAUUGCCGCGUAAGUCAUUUAUUGUGUGAUUUACCGAAAGUGCUGACAGACAAAUCUCAGGUAUGUGCAGUUGAGCUCGUGUUACCAGAAUACUUUGUGCCAAGCAUGAAAACGCUUCCUGAGUGUUUAGUUUAGGUGAUUUUGUCUUAGAAAGCCUAUUUUGUGUUCAAAGAUUGUGGAUUCUUAAUCUGUUUUCGGCCGACACUGAGAUAUGGGCGUCAAGGUUUGACUGACUAAAAGAUUACAAUUUCAGGACGUUUCAAAUGUUGUAUAUUUUAUCGCAAACUCCUGUUACUUCUGCGAGAGAACUUUACCGUCUAUUGCCAGCAAUAAUGUUUUCAUUGUUUAGCUUUAGCUAGUGACUUUUAACUGCUACCCAUUUCACUUAGAUGUCAAUUAGUUCAAAUGCACUUGAAAUUUCUUUAGCCACGUUUUAACAAAUCCAGUCAGAUAUAUACCUGGAUUUUUGAAAACCGGGUUAGCAAAAAUAUCAACUCAUUCUACUACUUGGCAAUUUAAAGCAACAAAACUCGUUCAAAGGCCGAUUAAAAGCCUUUAUCUGACGCCGGGUAGUAAGUUCAUGGUCCCUAGAAGCAUUCCAACGAGUCCAAUUUAAAAUGACGCACAUUUAUAACAUUUGUUCAGUAAUCUGACUUCGCGAAGUUUCAAAUCGGUGUCAUUUCAGUCUAGAAAUUCUUAAGUUGAGUGAACUGCAGCGAAAGAGUGCCUGGUUAAGGCUUACAUAACAACUUAAAUAGCUAGCAAAACACUACUUUUUCCGCGGUCCCAUAAACAACAGGAUUCGGCAUGGAAUAGACAACAAACUGAAUGAAACAUAAAGCACAAAUUAUCACCUUCUUAUCUGCAAAAACCGACCUAUGGUUCAAUGCCAUAAGAGCCCGCUGAAACUAGACUUAGAUCCAAUUUUCCUGAGUCGAGAGUUUCUUUUCCAAGGUACAAUCAGCUAAGCUAAACACCGACGAAACAAUUUUGAUGGCUAGCACAGGAUAUUUUGGCGAAAUCGCAGUUCAACCACGCGAUCACAUACCUGUCAACACCAUGCGGAAAUUACACAAUCACACACUUUCGCGGCACUAAUAAGACUAUCCACAACCACGCAUAAUCCUCUCACGUUCAACAUAAGCGAAAUAUCAUCGAAUAACUCGUAAAAACUCAGCCUAUUGGCAAAUAAACACCCCUGGACUUUUCUCUUACACUGGUCUUAUACAAGUUCCCGGAUGUAGAGUCACACGGUCGGCGGGGACCACCUUAGCCCUAUUUUCACACCGGAAAAAACAAACAAACCAAAAAAAAAACACUUGGCCCGGGUCAAAGUUUAGCUGCAAUUUUGUUGUCACAUACCUAAUUGGUACUAAUUUAGUCAAAGCGACGCGAAAAAAAAUUCCCGCGAACUUUAAUGUCGCGAAAUUUAAUACCCUCCUAUAUUUCUUGUUUUCUCAAUUUAAUGAAGAAACACAUGUCUACGUAUUGUGUUUAAUGUGUAAAAGUCUAUGGCAUGCCUACAGAUGUUCCUUUCGGUAAGAUCCAUCCCAGCUGUAAUUUUUACAGGAAUUUCCAAUCAUCUUUGCACAAGGGGGGAUGUUCUAUGGUUCUUUUCGAUGACUUUAGCACAAACAACCCCUACUCUGCGUAGGAAAAAGCGUGUUGCUCUGGAAAUUUCUGGGCAAGUGACCAACUAUAGAGUCGGUAAGACGGCCUCAAAGGCGCUUGUUCGCGGCAAUAGCAUAGCUAUCGUAACAGUUACAGUGAAACCUGUAUUACGCGGACACCUUCGGACCUUCCCAAGUGUCCGCUUAAUAGAGGGUGUCCGCUUAAUAGAGGUUGUAAAAAUUGCGCAAUGUUUGUUAACGAUCAACAUUCAACGGUUACUCUGUACUGUGAUAAAGUUGCAUGUUGUUAAAGAAGCCGCCCAGAGUUCAAGUUCAUUACUUUUCAUUACCUACUUUAAUUUGUUUGUAAAUGCAAAAACAUUAACUGACUUCAGUCUGUAUUUCAAGGACGUAACCAAGUACUACUAUUAUUAAUUCAGUCCGGUGUCCACUUAAUAGGGGUUUUAACAAUAGAAAUUAGCCAAAUACACCUUAGGGCCUGUUUACAUGGAGUGGGGGACCCCGGUCUAGUGGGGUUGGUUUCUUUUGUUUUCACGCUCUGGGGGACACAAAACAAAAGAAACCUACCUCACUAGACCGGGGUCUCCCACUCCAUGUAAACAGGCCCUUAUUUUAGUGUCCGCGUCCGCUUAAUAGAGGUAUCCGCUGAAAAGGGGGUUCGUUAUAAAGGGAAAUAUAAGACGUUAAUUUCGGGACCUGGCUUAGUGUCCGCUUAAUAGAGGUUUCACUGUAUUUCUCUCGUAGCAACAUUUCAAUUGCUCUCCAACAAUCGGACUCCAAACCUUUUUAUAAACGUGAAACCCGCGGAGACCGAAAUAGUGAAUACUUGAUAGACCCACUGUGAUCUCUCCUCACCAUUUCAAUCUGGUGUGUUUGCUGUUCCUCUGUUGCAGUUCAUUGUAUUGUGACAGCUAAAGGUAACACGUGGUAUCUGUAAACUGAGAUUGGAAACUAACAACAAACAGUACACAAUAGUCUUCCUGUUCCCUUUAUUGGCGUUACAGCGCUACGAAGACGCGCCACAUUCUGGUUUAAGUGUCUUUGGUAAAAUGUCCUUGUUUCGUUGCGGUUUUACGGUUCAAAAGAAAAAAGUAACGGAACGUCCAAACAAUUCUGAUGCCUCUGAAGAAAUUCAGCCUGCUGUCCGGUCUACUUUCCAAGCCAAGAAAGUACUUCCUUGGGCAAUGUCGAAUUCAUGCAGGGGAAUCGUCCGCUGCGAGCUUGGUGAAUCCUCACUCGACUGAAGGUUCCUCGGCUACUUAGCAGCAAGAAAACGUGGAAAAUACCAACACUAUUCGGCUGAAAAACGCGCUAAGAUUGGGAAAUAUGCCAGUGAGAAUGGUAAUUCGAAAGCCAUCAAUCAUUUCAAGGAGGAACUCCCAACAUUAAGGGAAAGUACUGUAAGAACUUUCAAGCAGGCUUAUCAGCAGAGACUACGCGAGGAGAAGAAAAAAGGUAACACAGACGUGACUGUCAUUGCUACCCUGAGUGACACCCGUGGGCGGCCAUCAAUACUCCGUGAACUGGACAGUAAAAUAAUCUCUCUUCUUAAGAGCAUUAGAAGCAGCGGUGAGGUAAUUAAUUUCUGUGUCAAGAAAGAAAAAGCGCUGGCGCUUGUUGAUAGUAAUAAGACGCCAUAUUUAAUAGAGAAUUUGAGCCUACAGUGACUUGGGUGAAGUCCAUUUAUAGGCGCUGCAAUUUUACCAGCCGAGCUGGAACAACCACUCGUCCUCCAGUUCCCAGAGGGAUGUUUGAAGAAUGUAAACUUACAUUUCUCACUGACAUUAACAAGAUGAUUACAGAGAACAAGAUUCCUCCUGAGUUGGUGUUUUGCGGAUCAAACUCCUUGCUCGUCGGUACGUUUCCGUCGGGAGAAUGAGUAGAGGAAGAAUGACGAUGGCUGCAAGAAAUGCAUCGUCAGUUCCAAUUAAAGGUCUGUCUUAUAAGAGAAACGUCCCUCUCACCGUUGUUGUCACUUUAUCAGGAGAAUUCUUACCAAUCAGGGCCCUUGUGAUAUUAAUUAAGUAUUGUGCCAUAUGACUUUGGUCCUGGAUGACACUGUUCCUUUUGUAUAGGUAAUCACAUGAUUUCGAGUGCAAUUUGGAAUAAAUAAGCACGAGUAAAUUUAUUCAAAGACCAACAAAAGUGCACGAGCCCGUAGGGCGAGUGCACUUUGUGGUCUUUGAAAAAUUUACAAGUGCUUAUUUAUUCCAAAUUGCACGAGAAAAAUCAUGUGAUUACUUAUUAAUAAUAUACACGAAAAACAUAACUACAACAACAAAUUUUGACAGCGCGCGCGUUUUUGGUUCAUUCAACUGAUUGGCUGAAACAGCCUACUACCUUUGUCAAAUUCAAACUUUUUCAAGACCAAUGCUUUCAAAAUCAUUCAGCUAAGAACUUGGAAAUGUGCAAGGAUUUUUUUAUAUGGUCACCAGCCUGUUAAAGAUAACUAGGUUUACAAUAAUCAGCAAAAGUAAGUGGUUUUAAAUUCAUCCUCGAUUAUGAGAACUCGGCAUUUACAAGAAGCGUUUUCAAGAAGUAUACUGCUGUUUUGAAAUCAGGAGAACGCUUCGAGCAGCCAGAGAUGAAAGACACUUGUGAAAGUUUUUUAACGACUGUUCAUCAUUGUCUGUUCCUGAGACCCCAUCAUAGCUGGAUUCAUGCAGAAAUUUUUGAGAUUUCAAACCCGAAAAUGAAGGAGGCAAUUUGUUUUCUUUCGACGCCGCCAUCGAUUGGUGAGUGGAGCCACAGUUGUUGUGAUGUCGGAAACUACCAGUAUUAAUAUAAUGUUUGCUUUUUCUCAGCGCUGGAGUUUCCAUUACUUCAUUUGGCCUACUUCAAGAGUCAUCGUAGCUCUUCUUCGGCUUCAUCGUAGACGUUAAGGAAAUUUAUGCCUCCGUGGCCUGUGACACUGACGAUGUGUUCUGAAUUUACAAUCUUUGCUUUCUUCACCUUCCUGACUGUUGUUUUUCUUGUACAAUGCUUCAUAAACUUUUUUCUCACUUUCUUUAAGGCUAGUACCAGCUACGGAUACUUUAAUUAUGUGAGUUAUGGUAUUUUCGCCCAUUGGUUUAGUUUGAAUCAGAUGUUUAAAUUUUCGGUUUCGUUUGUUACUGAGGUAGAAAAAAAAGAGACCAUCGCAUAGAUGUUUUAAUAGAGGUCUUCGCUCCACAAAAGACUCAGAGAGAGCAACAAAUAACGUACAUGACUUGAAAUCCCUGUUGUUAUCAUGGAAUUGUAUCCUUGUUCAUUUAAGAGUGUAGCUGUCAUGGUUUGCGUGUGGUUGCAACCGUUUUUGUUCUUUAUUUUUUUACUUUAGCGUAGUCUGUUAUAAAUAGCUUGUUUUUUAGUUUCUCUGGCUCAUUUUCCUCGAUUUUGUUGACAGUAUUUUUCUCUUAGCAACGCAUUUUCAAUACAUUUAGCCAGAAAGACGUACUUUUUACUGUGUUCGGGUUUUUGGAAUAUUUUUUUAACUUUUCUAUUGUUGUUUUGCUUACAAAAUUAAAUCUGCUGCAAACCAUGGCCAUUUUCUUGAUUUUUUUUUGUUAAAACAGCUUUAAUCUGAUUGGUUCUUGUUGGUUUCUUUUGUGUUUUCACCCAAUCAGAAAGCAUUUGUAAUUUGCACUCGUGUUACAAGUUUGCACUCGUGUUACAGAUUUUGCACUCGUGUUACAGAAGAGCUGCACUCCUUUCUCAGCCAAUCAGAAUUGAGUAAUUUUUUCGUGUAUAUUAUUAUGAGAGUAAUUAACGCAUCCGCAUUGCAACUUUAAGAAUUAAUAAAAGGCCACAAUGAUCUUCAGAAAUUCGGUUUUUUGGUAGCCUGCGAGCAAGCACUUUUAUUUGGGCAAGCGAAGCGAACCUCGCGAGAACGCGCGAGCGAGGGGCCGAGGAAAGCUUCGCCGCUCGCUCGCGCGUUCUCGCGAGACUCGUUUCACUCGCCCAAAUAGGAGAGCUUGCUCGCAGGCUAGUUUUUUGGAUGCAGAAUGCACAGCCCUUGGAAGUUUUUGUAGAGGUGCAUUUUUUAUUGCGUUUGACAAAGGAGAACACUUACUAUUUAAAUAUGCGAUGUGGAUGCCAUCCGAUUUCACGGUUUGGCGCCAUCUUGCACCCGCUAGCACAUUUUGCCUCGAUCUCAUGUGUUCAGUGUUUCUUGCGCGGGAACUGGUAUCUAUUUUGUAACACUCCACAACAACAACAACAACAAAAACAGUCUUUAAUGAAUUUCAUGCAACAAGUUACAGUUGUCUUGUCCACACAAUUAGCAAAAAUGCUAUUCUAGGCGAGAUAAUAAUAGUUUGCAAUUAUAUUUACAACAAAUAGUUAUAAGAAAUAACACACAAACACUCACCCGCACUCAAAUAGAAAAGAAAGAAACAAAAGAAGGGAUUAGGGAAGAGAAAAAUGAAAGAAAACAAAGAAAUAUCACGAUAACUUAACAACUAUUUUAAAUAAAUAAUUAAUAAUAACACGACCCAAGAAGCUUAUGCUUUGAAUUUUCUUUUUUUUAAGGAUUUGAAGAUCAGAAGAAAAAUAAUCAGUUUUAUCUCUAUUAUGAAAAAUUAACUGCAUAAUGUGCGAAUUUAUAAAGGACUUGCAAAAUUAUGCUUUGAAUUUUUCUCGUGUUUAGAUAAAGUAUUUGAUGAUCCGAAGAAGUAUGAACAGUAUUCUUACAAUUAUGGCGACGGACCUGAAGAAUGUGCGACAACAGGACUUGGAUACUUCGGUUGGUAGUCAUUCCAUUUUUGCCCUAACUGUCUUUCUUUUACAGGCUUUUUUGCGGAUACCCAGAGAAGAAAAUACUACUUUAAAUUAUUAUUAGUUGACCACUUUAAUAAUUAAUUGAUAGGGUAUUCUACAGAUAAUCCAUACUUCUUUUUGUGAUAAAAAUGUUUUGAAACCUUGUUGAUACGACAAGGUUGUGAUUACGAUUAGACUUUUCAGUUCUCUGUAAGUGUAUUAACGAAGGUUUUCAGCAUAUUUCACCAGUUGAAAUUAUCUUUUAAUAAUAACACGACCCAAGAAGCUCAUGUUUUGAAUUUUAGUCGUGUUAAAAUAAAGGAUUUGAAGAUCAGAAGAAGCAUUAAUCAGUUUUAUCUCGAUUAUGAAAGAUUAGCUGCACAAUGUGCGAAUACAUAAAGGACUUGCAAAAUUAUGCUUUCAAUUUUUCUGGUGUUUAGAUAAAGGAUUUGAUGAUCAGAAGAAGUAUGAACAGUAUUCUUACAAUUAUGGCGACGGACCCGAAGAAUGUGCGACAACAGGAUUUGGAUACUUCGGUUAGUAGUCAUUCCAGUUUUGCAGUACUUGUUUUUCUGUUAUAGGCUUUUUUGCGGAUACCCAGAGAAAAAAAUACUACUUUAAAUUAUACUUAGUUGACCACUUUAAUAAUUAAUUGGUAGGGUGUUCUACAGAUAAUCUAUACUUCUUUUUCUGAUAAAAAUGUUUUGAAACCCUUUUGAUACGACAACGUUAUUAUUACGAUUAGUCUUUUCAGUUCUCAGUAAGUGCAUUAACGAAGGUUUUCAGCAAAUUUCACCAGUUAAAAUUAUCUUUUAAUAAUAACACGACCCAAGAAGCUUAUCCUUUGAAUUUUUUUUUUUUAAGGAUUUGAAGAUCAGAAGAAGAAUAAUUAGUUUUAUCUCGAUUGGGAAAAAUUAACUGCACAAUGUGCGAAUUUAUAAAGGACUUGCAAAAUUAUGCUUUGAAUUUUUCUCGUGUUUAGAUAAAGUAUUUGAUGAUCAGAAGAAGUAUGAACAGUAUUCUUACAAUUAUGGCGACGGACCUGAAGAAUGUGCGACAACAGGAUUUGGAUACUUCGGUUGGUAGUCAUUCCAUUUUUGCCCUACUCGUUUUUCUUUUUAAGACUUUUUUUCGGAUACCCAGAGAAAAAAAUACUACUUUAAAUUAUUAUUAGUUGACCACUUUAAUAAUUAAUUGAUAGGGUAUUCUACAGAUAAUCCAUACCUCUUUUUGUGAUAAAAAUGUUUUGAAACCUUGUUGAUACGACAAGGUUGUGAUUACGAUUAGUCUUUUCAGUUCUCUGUAAGUGUAUUAACGAAGGUUUUCAGCAUAUUUCACCAGUUGAAAUUAUCUUUAAAUAAUAACACGACCCGGGAAGCUCAUGUUUUGAAUUUUUGUCGUGUUAAAAUAAAGGAUUUGAAGAUCAGAAGAAGCAUUAAUCAGUUUUAUCUCGAUUAUGAAAGAUUAGCUGCACAAUGUGCGAAUACAUAAAGGACUUGCAAAAUUAUGCUUUCAAUUUUUUUGGUGUUUAGAUAAAGGAUUUGAUGAUCAGAAGAAGUAUGAACAGUAUUCUUACAAUUAUGGCGACGGACCUGAAGAAUGUGCGACAACAGGAUUUGGAUACUUCGGUUGGUAGUCAUUCUAGUUUUGCAGUACUUGUCUUUCUUUUAUAGGCUUUUUUGCGGAUACCCAGAGAAAAAAAUACUACUUUAAAUUAUACUUAGUUGACCACUUUAAUAAUUAAUUGGUAGGGUGUUCUACAGAUAAUAUAUACUUCUUUUUCUGAUAAAAAUGUUUUGAAACCUUGUUGAUACGACAACGUUGUUAUUACGAUUAGUCUUUUCAGUUCUCUGUAAGUGUAUUAACGAAGGUUUUCAGCAUAUUUCACCAGUUGAAAUUAUCUUUUAAUAAUAACACGACCCGGGAAGCUCAUGUUUUGAAUUUUUGUCGUGUUAAAAUAAAGGAUUUGAAGAUCAGAAGAAGCAUUAAUCAGUUUUAUCUCGAUUAUGAAAGAUUAGCUGCACAAUGUGCGAAUACAUAAAGGACUUGCAAAAUUAUGCUUUCAAUUUUUCUGGUGUUUAGAUAAAGGAUUUGAUGAUCAGAAGAAGUAUGAACAGUAUUCUUACAAUUAUGGCGACGGACCCGAAGAAUGUGCGACAACAGGAUUUGGAUACUUCGGUUGGUAGUCAUUCCAGUUUUGCAGUACUUGUUUUUCUUUUAUAGGCUUUUUUGCGGAUACCCAGAGAAAAAAAUACUACUUUAAAUUAUACUUAGUUGACCACUUUAAUAAUUAAUUGGUAGGGUGUUCUACAGAUAAUCUAUACUUCUUUUUCUGAUAAAAAUGUUUUGAAACCUUGUUUAUACGACAACGUUGUUAUUACGAUUAGUCUUUUCAGUUCUCAGUAAGUACAUUAACGAAGGUUUUCAGCAAAUUUCACCAGUUAAAAUUAUCUUUUAAUAAUAACACGACCCAAGAAGCUUAUACUUUGAAUUUUUUUUUUUUUAAGGAUUUGAAGAUCAGAAGAAGAAUAAUCAGUUUUAUCUCGAUUGUGAAAAAUUAACUGCACAAUGUGCGAAUUUAUAAAGGACUUGCAAAAUUAUGCUUUGAAUUUUUCUCGUGUUUAGAUGAAGUAUUUGAUGAUCAGAAGACGUAUGAACAGUAUUCUUACAAUUAUGGCGACGGACCUGAAGAAUGUGCGACAACAGGAUUUGGAUACUUCGGUCGGUAGUCAUUCCAUUUUUGCCCUAAUUGUCUUUCUUUUAUAGGCUUUUUUUGCGGAUACCCAGAGAAGAAAUACUACUUUAAAUUAUUAUUAGUUGACCACUUUAAUAAUUAAUUGAUAGGGUAUUCUACAGAUAAUCCAUACUUCUUUUUGUGAUAAAAAUGUUUUGAAACCUUGUUGAUACGACAAGGUUGUGAUUACGAUUAGUCUUUUCAGUUCUCUGUAAGUGUAUUAACGAAGGUUUUAAGCAUAUUUCACCAGUUGAAAUUAUCUUUUAAUAAUAACACGACCCAAGAAGCUAAUGUUUUGAAUUUUUGUCGUGUUGAAAUAAAGGAUUUGAAGAUCAGAAGAAGCAUUAAUCAGUUUUAUCUCGAUUAUGAAAGAUUAGCUGCACAAUGUGCGAAUACAUAAAGGACUUGCAAAAUUAUGCUUUCAAUUUUUUUGGUGUUUAGAUAAAGGAUUUGAUGAUCAGAAGAAGUAUGAACAGUAUUCUUACAAUUAUGGCGACGGACCCGAAGAAUGUGCGACAACAGGAUUUGGAUACUUCGGUUGGUAGUCAUUCCAGUUUUGCAGUACUUGUUUUUCUUUUAUAGGCUUUUUUGCGGAUACCCAGAGAAAAAAAUACUACUUUAAAUUAUAGUUAGUUGACCACUUUAAUAAUUAAUUGGUAGGGUGUUCUACAGAUAAUCUAUACUUCUUUUUCUGAUAAAAAUGUUUUGAAACCUUGUUGAUACGACAACGUUGUUAUUACGAUUAGUCUUUUCAGUUCUCAGUAAGUGCAUUAACGAAGGUUUUCAGCAAAUUUCACCAGUUAAAAUUAUCUUUUAAUAAUAACACGACCCAAGAAGCUUAUACUUUGAAUUUUUUUUUUUUAAGGAUUUGAACAUCAGGAGAAGAAUAAUUAGUUUUAUCUCGAUUGGGAAAAAUUAACUGCACAAUGUGCGAAUUUAUAAAGGACUUGCAAAAUUAUGCUUUGAAUUUUUCUCGUGUUUAGAUAAAGUAUUUGAUGAUCAGAAGACGUAUGAACAGUAUUCUUACAAUUAUGGCGACGGACCUGAAGAAUGUGCGACAACAGGAUUUGGAUACUUCGGUUGGUAGUCAUUCCAUUUUUGCCCUAACUGUCUUUCUUUUAUAGGCUUUUUUGCGGAUACCCAGAGAAGAAAAUACUACUUUAAAUUAUUAUUAGUUGACCACUUUAAUAAUUAAUUGAUAGGGUAUUCUACAGAUAAUCCAUACUUCUUUUUGUGAUAAAAAUGUUUUGAAACCUUGUUGAUACGACAAGGUUGUGAUUACGAUUAGUCUUUUCAGUUCUCUGUAAUUGUAUUAACGAAGGUUUUCAGCAUAUUUCACAAGUUGAAAUUAUCUUUUAAUAAUAACACGACCCAGGAAGCUCAUGUUUUGAAUUUUUGUCGUGUUAAAAUAAAGGAUUUGAAGAUCAGAAGAAGUAUUAACCACUUUUAUCUUGAUUAUGAAAAACUAGCUGCACAAUGUGCGAAUACAUAAAGGACUUGCAAAAUUAUGCUUUCAAUUUUUCUGGUGUUAAGAUAAAGGAUUUGAUGAUCAGAAGAAGUAUGAGCAGUAUUCUUACAAUUAUGGCGACGGACCCGAAGAAUGUGCGACAACAGGAUUUGGAUACUUCGGUUAGUAGUCCUUCCAGUUUUGCAGUACUUGUUUUUCUGUUAUAGGCUUUUUUGCGGAUACCCAGAGAAGAAAAUACUACUUUAAAUUAUUAUUAGUUGACCACUUUAAUAAUUAAUUGAUAGGGUAUUCUACAGAUAAUCCAUACUUCUUUUUGUGAUAAAAAUGUUUUGAAACCUUGUUGAUACGACAAGGUUGUGAUUACGAUUAGUCUUUUCAGUUCUCUGUAAGUGUAUUAACGAAGGUUUUCAGCAUAUUUCACCAGUUGAAAUUAUCUUUUAAUAAUAACACGACCCAAGAAGGUCAUGUUUUGAAUUUUUGUCGUGUUGAAAUAAAGGAUUUGAAGAUCAGAAGAAGCAUUAAUCAGUUUUAUCUCGAUUAUGAAAGAUUAGCUGCACAAUGUGCGAAUACAUAAAGGACUUGCAAAAUUAUGCUUUCAAUUUUUCUGGUGUUUAGAUAAAGGAUUUGAUGAUCAGAAGCAGUAUGAACAGUAUUCUUACAAUUAUGGCGACGGACCCGAAGAAUGUGCGACAACAGGAUUUGGAUACUUCGGUUGGUAGUCAUUCCAGUUUUGCAGUACUUGUUUUUCUUUUAUAGGCUUUUUUGCGGAUACCCAGAGAAAAAAAUACUACUUUAAAUUAUACUUAGUUGACCACUUUAAUAAUUAAUUGGUAGGGUGUUCUACAGAUAAUCUAUACUUCUUUUUCUGAUAGAAAUGUUUUGAAACCUUGUUGAUACGAUUAACCUUGUUAUUACGAUUAGUCUUUUCAGUUCUCAGUAAGUGCAUUAACGAAGGUUUUCAGCAAAUUUCACCAGUUAAAAUUAUCUUUUAAUAAUAACACGACCCAAGAAGCUUAUACUUUGAAUUUUUUUUUUUUUAAGGAUUUGAAGAUCAGAAGAAGAAUAAUCAGUUUUAUCUCGAUUGUGAAAAAUUAACUGCACAAUGUGCGAAUUUAUAAAGGACUUGCAAAAUUAUGCUUUGAAUUUUUCUCGUGUUUAGAUGAAGUAUUUGAUGAUCAGAAGACGUAUGAACAGUAUUCUUACAAUUAUGGCGACGGACCUGAAGAAUGUGCGACAACAGGAUUUGGAUACUUCGGUUGGUAGUCAUUCCAUUUUUGCCCUAAUUGUCUUUCUUUUAUAGGCUUUUUUUGCGGAUACCCAGAGAAGAAAAUACUACUUUAAAUUAUUAUUGGUUGACCACUUUAAUAAUUAAUUGAUAGGGUAUUCUACAGAUAAUCCAUACUUCUUUUUGUGAUAAAAAUGUUUUGAAACCUUGUUGAUACGACAAGGUUGUGAUUACGAUUAGUCUUUUCAGUUCUCUGUAAGUGUAUUAACGAAGGUUUUCAGCAUAUUUCACCAGUUGAAAUUAUCUUUUAAUAAUAACACGACCCAAGAAGGUCAUGUUUUGAAUUUUUGUCGUGUUGAAAUAAAGGAUUUGAAGAUCAGAAGAAGCAUUAAUCAGUUUUAUCUCGAUUAUGAAAGAUUAGCUGCACAAUGUGCGAAUACAUAAAGGACUUGCAAAAUUAUGCUUUCAAUUUUUCUGGUGUUUAGAUAAAGGAUUUGAUGAUCAGAAGCAGUAUGAACAGUAUUCUUACAAUUAUGGCGACGGACCCGAAGAAUGUGCGACAACAGGAUUUGGAUACUUCGGUUGGUAGUCAUUCCAGUUUUGCAGUACUUGUUUUUCUUUUAUAGGCUUUUUUGCGGAUACCCAGAGAAAAAAAUACUACUUUAAAUUAUAGUUAGUUGACCACUUUAAUAAUUAAUUGGUAGGGUGUUCUACAGAUAAUCUAUACUUCUUUUUCUGAUAAAAAUGUUUUGAAACCUUGUUGAUACGACAACGUUGUUAUUACGAUUAGUCUUUUCAGUUCUCAGUAAGUGCAUUAACGAAGGUUUUCAGCAAAUUUCACCAGUUAAAAUUAUCUUUUAAUAAUAACACGACCCAAGAUGCUUAUACUUUGAAUUUUUUUUUUUUUUUAAGGAUUUGAAGAUCAGAAGAAGAAUAAUCAGUUUUAUCUCGAUUGGGAAAAAUUAACUGCACAAUGUGCGAAUUUAUAAAGGACUUGCAAAAUUAUGCUUUGAAUUUUUCUCGUGUUUAGAUAAAGUAUUUGAUGAUCAGAAGACGUAUGAACAGUAUUCUUACAAUUAUGGCGACGGACCUGAAGAAUGUGCGACAACAGGAUUUGGAUACUUCGGUUGGUAGUCAUUCCAUUUUUGCCCUAAUUGUCUUUCUUUUAUAGGCUUUUUUGCGGAUACCCAGAGAAGAAAAUACUACUUUAAAUUAUUAUUAGUUGACCACUUUAAUAAUUAAUUGAUAGGGUAUUCUACAGAUAAUCCAUACUUCUUUUUGUGAUAAAAAUGUUUUGAAACCUUGUUGAUACGACAAGGUUGUGAUUACGAUUAGUCUUUUCAGUUCUCUGUAAUUGUAUUAACGAAGGUUUUCAGCAUAUUUCACCAGUUGAAAUUAGCUUUUAAUAAUAACACGACCCAGGAAGCUCAUGUUUUGAAUUUUUGUCGUGUUAAAAUAAAGGAUUUGAAGAUCAGAAGAAGUAUUAACCAGUUUUAUCUUGAUUAUGAAAAAUUAGCUGCACAAUGUGCGAAUAUACAAAGGACUUGCAAAAUUAUGCUUGCUUUGAAUUUUUCUCGUGUUUAGGUAAAGUAUUUGAUGAUCAGAAGAAGUAUGAACAGUAUUCUUACAAUUAUGGCGACGGACCUGAAGAAUGUUCGACAACAGGAUUUGGAUACUUCGGUUAGUAGUCAUUCCAUUUUUGCCCUACUUGUUUUUCUUUUAUAGGCUUUUUUGCGGAUACCCAGAGAAAAAAAUACUACUUUAAAUUAUACUUAGUUGACCACUUUAAUAAUUAAUUGAUAGGGUAUUCUACAGAUAAUGUAUACUUCUUUUUGUGAUAAAAAUGUUUUGAAACCCUGUUGAUACGACAACGUUAUUAUUACGAUUAGUCUUUUCAGUUCUCAGUAAGUGCAUUAACGAAGGUUUUCAGCAUAUUUCACCAGUUAAAAUUACCUUUUAAUAAUAACACGACCCAAGAAGCUUAUGAUUUGAAUUUUUUUUUUUAAAGGAUUUGACGAUCAGAAGAAUAAUAAUCAGUUUUAUUUUGAUUGUGAAAAAUUAACUGCAUAAUUGUGCGAAUUUAUAAAGGACUUGCAAAAUUAUGCUUUGAAUUUUUCUCGUGUUUAGAUAAAGUAUUUGAUGAUCAGAAGAAGUAUGAACAGUAUUCUUACAAUUAUGGCGACGGACCUGAAGAAGGUGCGACAACAGGAUUUGGAUACUUCGGUUGGUAGUCAUUCUAGUUUUGCAGUACUUGUCUUUCUUUUAUAGGCUUUUUUGCGGAUACCCAGAGAAAAAAAUACUACUUUAAAUUAUACUCAGUUGACCACUUUUUUUAUAAUUAAUUGAUAGGGUAUUCUACAGAUAAUCCAUACUUCUUUUUCUGAAACAAAUGUUUUGAAUCCCCUUGUUGAUACGACAACGUUGUUACUACGAUUAGCCUUUUCAGUUCUCGGUAAGUGCAUUAAAGAAGGUUUUCAACAUAUUUCACCAGUUAAAAUUAUCUUUUAACAAGAGCCUAAGUAGGACAGAGAGGGAGUCUCCCAGUCACACCUUUGGGAUAUCUUAGUUUCAAAAAUGUUAUUUUUAGAACUAUGCGGACCAUGCGAAAGCAGUUUUCGGUAAACUAGUUGACUUCCGGAAGAUUUAGCGCGCCAAAGCAAGGCGCGGUCAAGAAAUGAAAAAAGUGGCGUCUUAAGUGGAGGGAACGAAGAACUGGCUAAAACUUCUAAACAAACGGUUCCUUUACAAGCAAUUGUAGAAUUAUUGUUAUAGCGACCGCAUGACUAUCGUUUUUGUUGGAACAGCUGGAAAGAGGACAAGUAGCAUUGCGGCCCGGAUAAGCGUUGAACACAAAAUGGCGGGUCCUACAAAGACGACCGUACAAGCGACUGUGUGGACCUAUUUUCUGUUGACAGCCUUGGAAGGAAAAAACCUAUAAAGGGUUCAAGUAUUUUUCUAAGUAAGGGAAAGAGGUUUCUUGUGCAGCUUGUGUUGUCCUUCGUAAGUGCAUAAUGGCGGUUCGGUUUCUCGAGGUAAGGCGCAGUUGUUUCCCUGUAGUUUUCUCAUUCGUGUUUAAUUGAAAUCUCGAGUUUUCGUAAAGAUUUGCUUGUUAAGGGGUAUUUUCAUUGUGUUAAUAGGUUUCGACCAAUCAUAAGAAUUGCAAACAAUAGCCAAGAAAAGUUUACAUAUUAAUUUCACGUUCCUCACAUGGCAUAUCUGUUUUAUUCAGACUCAUAUAAGAUGUUGGUAUAAGGAUUCACGUACAUGCUCCUUUGCAAAGUUUUCUUGAAACCACUCAGAAGUACAGUAUGUGGUCCUUGAUCCGCGUCUAAAAGUCAUUAACUUGAAUAUCUUACCCGAAUCUUCACGGAACGAGCUGAAAUACUCCCUGAAGAUAGCUUUUAUGUUCCUAUCGAUAAUCCUGAAGUUUCAAGUUCCAGAUAUAAAUAUUUUGCUUGGAAUUCGAAAAAAGGCGACCAUUUUCAAUGGUCCUUGGUCCGCGUCUCAGGUAAGCAGCACGAAAACAACGUAAAAAUGUUAUAGUUUCCACACGAAAACGUGAUUUUCACAGUAUUUCAUGUAUUUUUUUUCUUUUCUUGAUGCAAUUAAGGUGGCUCGACUGGAUUUUUUGGGUUGAUACCUCCCCAGUUUGAACAUUAACUACGUCGGCAUGAGUAAAGAUAUGGAGAAAAGGUUACCACAGCUGUAUUACAUAAAGCCCAGAGCAAUUCCCCUCUUUUUUUUAUGCAGUUUUCAAUGGAAUCAAACGACUAUGAGAUGAAGCCGCGUUCUCAAAGCUUAUCAUUUUCUUAAAAUAUCAGCGAAUUGUGUGGCUAGCACGCUAUUUCACUGUUUUUAUGAUUCUUAAAACUGCAUUUCAAAAUAUUUCGAAAACGCUCUCAUAGAAUUUGUUCAAACUUUGCCAUAAUGGAGGCAAUUAUGGCAGGUACAUACUCCUUUAAGCGAUUUCUCCAAAAAACUCCUGGUACAGAGAAACACAAAGAUAAAUGAAAAACGUAAAGGCGUCAUUACGUUGCCAUGGCGACUCCGAUUGCAAUAAAACCCAAAUCAUAAGAAAUUUUCAUCUUUAUGUAAUGCAGCUGUGGUAACCUUUUUUCCAUAUCUUUACUUAUGCCGACGUAGUUUAUGCUCAAACUGGAGAGGAAACAACCCCAAAAAAUCCAGUCGAGCCACCUUACGCUAGAGUUUUUUUCAGAAGAUGUUGUGAGUGUAAAAUAAUCUGCUUUUUUUUCAAAGACUUCAGACAACAGUCUCCUCGAGUCUCCCACACGAGCGUCGACGAGCGGUUUCAGCGCGGUCGAAAAUAAUUACCAAAACUCUGCAUGUAUUCGAGGUAUUAAAAAAGAGAACUUGUAGACAUGUACAGGUACGAUUUUCAAAACAUUCUUCGAAAACAAAGGCCGUCGCUUUCUAUUUUGGGAAGUUUUGUUCAACCAAGGUCAUUGGUCGCGGACCAAGGACCACUGAGCGAAAUUUGGUGACAUUUUUCAAGAGUCGAUAAAACAAAACAUUCAGAGUCUACAGCAAUAUGCUUCCAAAAGCAGAAAUAAGUUGAUCUGAAAACCUGUUCUGCAAAAAGGCAAGUCUUUCAGUUGCGUUUUACUUAUUCGCAGGCUAAGUAAACAUUACCAUGUAAUAUACGGUGCCGCAAAAAUCCAAACUUGAAGAAAGACAAAUUAAACUACCUGUCAACAAACUUUAACUUCGCGUCUUCACCCACAGCAAGAAAGCCGAAACUUCGUCAUAUGAAAGAAUGCUAAUCAGUAAAUCACGAUAUCUUUUAUUAUUCAACGUAUUUUUUUUCUAGACGAAAUAUUUUAUCAUUUUCGGAAAAGUCGUGGACCAAGGGUAUCGCCGACUUGCGCGGACCAAGGACCACGUACUGUAUAGCACAGACAAUAGUUAAGUGAACACCUUUUUGCAUUUCAACAUGUUUAACCAGAUUGAUUUUACUGAAAUAUUAAUGUUGCAUCCUAAUGGUCUUGAAGUCGAGUCUGCAGGCAGAACAAGUUUGUGUAAUCUUUUGAUUUUAAGGCAUCCACCAUGAGACCCCAAUCUUUCCCUUUAAAUAAUCUAAACCCACAUGUUGGCCUGGACAAUGAUUGAUCAGGCCUCAUGCAACCACUAAGACAUCACAAGAAAUUGAGGCUGUUAAACUGAUCAGUAUUUGAGGAUAUAACCUUCAUUAAGGAAGGCUUUAGUUAAAAAUGGCAGUAUCACUUUAAAAUAAAAAUCAAUAAGAACUUCCUUUGGUAACACCUGGACCUCUUAAUUAGGUCAAGUUUCUUUAGAAAACUCAUCUAAAAGGUGUGGUACCAAGGUGAGUUAACCAAUUUAUGCGGAUGGGUUGAGAGAGACAUUCUGGAGCAAUAAAACAUAGUGUGUGACAACCAAUGUUUCUAAAUGUAUUCAUGCCAUGGCUUGAAAGAGGUAAUGUUAAGGAAAGCAUCUAGAAGGAGACAAAUAUUAAUAUCAAUGUAGUGUGUAUAAUAACAUGUGUCACUCGGUUGGUCACACUCUUCCCAGUAUUCCUCAAAUUUCAAAUCCCAAAUGCAUCGGCAGCCACAUAUUUUAACAAAAUUAUGAAAAAUAAAUAAAUAAAUAAGUGCUCCCUUGGCCCAAAAUAUAGAACCUGCACUGUUUGUCAAACUUGUACAUUAUUUUACCCACUAUCAGUCCACGCGUGGCAAGGUCAUGAGACAUCUGAAAAGAGAAGUUAUGAUUGCUAGUAUUAUUGUUCUGUCAAUUUAACGUGUCAGAAAACAACAGAAAAGUUUGCAGACAGUGAAAGACAUACAACAUAAAAAUGAUGUACUCUGAAACCUUCACAUGUUGUAAUUGAUAGUAUAUCUUCGGGGAGGGGGGGGGGGUCGGCCUUGCAUAACGAUCCAGUUCUUCUCUGUUGGCACCCUCACUCAUCCUUCUUUUUACAAUUUUUUUUUUUGCAUAUAAGGUGGAUAUAAAUAAAAAAAACCUGUACAAUUAGGCGGACAUCCACACAACCUUCGCUGGUGUCUGCUUAUUAGAGAUGUCCGCUAAGUACAGGUUUGUUGGGAAGAAACGUUUUAACACAUUUUGAGCUAUUUGACUGCUGAAUACAGGGUGUCUGCUUAAUACAGGUUUCACCAUACAAUGCAGAAAGUGAGUUAAUUAUAGGCUUUCACUGAGAAGUGGAGGUACAAGAAAUAAGACACAAACAAGAAGCUAUACACAGCUUCAACUUGUUGCAGUUGUUUUUAUUCUAAACACUUUUGAGUGCUUUCUAUAGAAAAAAAAAAGAAAAGAAAAGACUACAUUUAGUAGCCGACACCUAAAACCAUGAGUACUUACUAGAAAGGAGAAAACUUGCUGGAAUCAAUAAGUGACAAACACAGUAUCAAAUGGUCCUAUGCAUCCAUGAAUGCCUAAAGCUUGAAUUAUGUUGUGGUACUAUUUGCAUUCAAACCCCUACAUUUCUUAUGUAUGCAGCUGUGAAGUCGCGAAUCGAGCUCAAUAAACGGUUACAUUAUACCCUAGUUACAUUACUAGUCCGUUCACCACUGUCCUAUAUGCAAAUCCAGUCACUCUUUUCUUAGCGUGUUAACGCUGUUUCCGCAUCUAAUUAUCCUAUAAGUCCCUUGAGACCCGACACUGCAUCUCCCCCCUUUUUACUAGUGUGGCUCAAAGUCCCUGUAAAUAGUGUUCCAAGUAGACGUUCUUCCACGCGCUGAUCUUCUUGGCCCGCUUACUGCAGUAUCGUCUGGCUGCGGUUGAUGUCCCUCCGUUUCCGUCGCUCCAAGGGAUGUCGGUGGACCAUCUGGCUCGUUACGUGGACCGCCAAUUGUCAUCUCACUGGAUGCGCCGAGGUUGUCGGGUUGCAAACGCAAAUCUUCCCUGGCUCCUGUUUCAGUUUCUUCCGCACUGGACUGUAUCCAGACCUUCUUGGUCCAAAUCCACAGCUACGUACUCAUCCUCCCCCGCGUGCUUCAGCAACUUACAAUUGGAUGAAUUCCGGGAUGUAAUCUCCCUACCCCUUUUCACGGUGAUCAUACUUCCUUUUCACGCCUAUUACUGAGAAUGGUCGGGGGUUAAAUGCUGGGGUGAGAAAAUCUGCUUUGCUCUGCUUCAAAAGGAGUUGGGUUUCCAGCCACUUUAAGGCUUUCCCGGGCGUUCCGCCUCUUGUACGCGUACUCUUUCAUGUGCUUCUUUUUAGCCGCGUCUCUUUGUCUGAUUGGGUCGUAUGGAAUUUCUCCUGCGGGUACGAUCCUUUCCGGUAGCUUCCUCCUCAGCUCUCUGCCCAACAUGAGCAUGUCAGGGCUUUCCUUUGUCGCUGGGUGGGGCGUGGCGCGAUAGCUGCCAACCGUUCUUUGCACUCCCUUCCGAAUAGCUUUUCCUUCAAGUUUAGAAAUUCUCGCACUCUUCUUGAGGGUUUGCAUGAAACGCUCCACGUCACUAUUAGCUUCAGCCUACCCAGGGGUGACCUUUCGGUGUCUGAACCCUUGUUCCUGAGCAAAGUUCGCAAACUUUGAUCCAUUAAACGGGGGCCCAUUAUCCGAUUUGAUCUCUUCGGGGAUUCCGUACGUGUUGAACACGCGCGUAAAUAGGGGAAUGACGUAAUCAGCAGAAGUACUUGAUGUUAACUCAACCACUGGAUACCUGGCAUACUGGUCCCAAAAGACCGAGGCCAUGUCCUUUUUUCGUAACGGCCCCGCGAAAUCUACACUGACUUUUUUCCACGGACCCCUUGGCAAAUCUGUCAUCUGUAGAGGCUCUCUGGUGUGACAGGGCGUGGUAGAUUGGCAAGCGAGGCAUUUCCCUACAUGCUUUUCGACCAUUGUGUCCAUCCCAGGAAACCACACAUGGGCACGGAGUAACUGCUUUGUACGAACAAUCCCUUGGUGGCCUUCGUGAGCAAUCUUAACCAUGGCUUCCCUGAGUGUCUGAGGCACUACAAUGCGUUCACCGCGGAGAACGAGCCCAUCAACUACAGCCAGUUCGUUGAAAACGUUAGAGUACUUCCUCAAGUCUGCGUCUUUAUUGUCUAUACUCUUCUCUUCGACACACUUAAUCAAUUUCUGUAAUUCCCUGUCAUUUCCCGUUGACACGAUUAUUUCUUCCUUGCUUAUCGCCUUUGGAAUAUCAUUUUCAAUUACGAAAUUCACGUAUUGCCUGACAUCUUUAGUCGUGCCCAGCUCCCUUUUGCCGCUCUGCUCGAGAGGAAGGGGGUGCCUUGAUGUGUAGUCUGAGAUGUUGGUCUUCCCUGGCCUGUAUUCUACCUUAAACUCAUAAUCGAGCAUUCGCACAGUCAUUCUCUGCAACCGUAUAGACGUUGCAUGCCUCGGGUUAUUAAAAAUGACCUCCAAGGGCUUGUGAUCAGUGACAACUAUGAAUGGCUUGCCAUACAGGAAGACGUGAAACUUUCUACGCAGGAAAUCAGCGGCCAGUGUCUCCAGUUCGAUCUGGGAAUAUUUCCGCUCGGCGUCUGACAGCGCCCUGCUCGCAUACUGUACCACUCUCCAAUGGUCUUCAUUCGGACUGCGCUGGACUAACGUCGCCGAGAUCCCCAGGGGACAGCCACCAACAUGUACUUCAUGAUCAGCGGCAGGAUCAAAGUACGCUAAAACUGUAUCAGCGCUUAGAGCAUUCUUCAAAGCUUCGAAUGCUUCCUGGUGUUUUUCUUCCCACUUAAAAACGUCAGCUCUAACCAGUGCCCUCAGAACAUCGGUUUGUGGGGCGUAACUCUCCAUGAACCUUGCAUUGUACUGGACGGUGGACAGAAACGAAUUCAGUUCUUUAGCGUUGCGUGGGGGCUCAGCCUGUUUAAUGGCCUCUACCUUCAUGGGAUCAAGGGAGGCCCCUUCUUUCGAGAACACCAUUCCAUAAUACAGGCACUUAUCCUUAUUGAAUUCGCAUUUAUCUUUGUUGAAGGUGAUUUCUUUCGCUCUAGCUCUCUAAAGUGUCAUUGUCUGAGAAAUUGUUCCAGGGGCCAAAAGUUGUGGUCAACCGAUUUGGCUGAAACUUGGCACAGAAGUUGGGUGUGAUGAGAUACUUCGAAAGCCACUUUGGCUCACUUCUCUGACUUUUAGUUUUGGAGUUACAGGGGGGUCUCAUUUUUGGCCUUCCAGGGAGAAUUUUGAAAGUGCCAUAAGACCCCACUUGUAAAUUGUGCUAUCAAAUGAAUUUGACCAUGUACUCUACUAUAAUAGAGCUUUCAGUUUAUGCAUGAAACUUUAUCUUCAAGGUAUUGCACAGAGAGGAGCCUGGCGCUAGAGUUUGGCCAAAAUUGAUGUUACAAUUACAACUCAAAAUGGCCAUUUUUCAAAAUUUCAGUAUAGUCACCUGCCUUCUUACAUAACUUCCACCCCUGUACUACUGUUUACUUUAGUCACCCAAUUAUCAAAAUCAGUUGAGAAGAAUUUGGCCAAACACUUCAUGUCCCUCUAAGGCGAUGCAAAAUAGAAUUUUGAGCAUAAUUCAGGCCAUAAACUAACCAAACUGUUGACGAGUAGCCCUUAUUCUGUAUUCGGUAAGUGAAAAUGAAUUGUCAAAGCCAAAUCAGUUUCGUUGUUUAGAAAUACACCGAAUCUUACGUUAAAAUUGAUCUAAAAUGGGCCUCUGAUUGGCACAACAAACACAUGAUUUAGCAAAAACAAGGGUGAUUUUUUUCGUAAUAAAGUUAGAUUAACAAAAGCUUCGUUGACAUAUAAUCUUCUUCUGACCUUGUAACAGCCUGAAUAGUUGUUGUAAAUACCCAUCAGUGGUGAUGUCGCGGCUAUUCUCCUUCAGUUCCAGUUGGUCGUACCCAUGGUUCAUAUCAAGAUGAGAAAAUACUGUGGCCCCGUUGAGCUCAUUUAUGAUAUCAUCAAGUGUAGGCAUGACAGUGUGGGUUCGUGGAAUGGCUUUAUUUGCUUCCCUCAUAUCCACAUUCAAUCGUAUUUCAUUGCUGAACCGUUUCGGCGUUAUAACUACAGGGGACACCCAACUGGUAGGCUUCUCUACCCUCUUAUUUAUGUCGUCAGCUUCGAGUUUCUCCAAUUCUGCUUCCAGCUUGGGUCUUACACUGAACGGUAUUCUUCUGUGGGCCUGAGCAACCGGUGUUACUGCGGGGUCAACGUGCAAAUCUACCUUCACUCCUUUCAUCUUUCCGAUACCGCGGAACAGAUCAGCGUACUCUUUUAACAGAUUGCUUGAGAUUGUUUCCUCACUUUGGACCGUGUUUGCCAUCUUAACAAGACCAAGAUCCUCCGCGGUCUGGAAACCUAUCAAGGGCUCAGUGUUCGUAUGUCCCUUUAUAACUUGAAACGUGGCAGGGGCGAUUCUAGUGUUCGACUCAACAAUGGCCUCAAAUUUUCCCAUGACCUUCAGUGCUGCCGACGGGUUUUCGUUCGAUUGGUAUGCACGCAAAACACUCGAUGACCUUCUCAAUGUCACUUUAUCGGCCAGUAACCUCUUGAACGUUAUCUCGUCCAUUACAUUUACCGUGACUCCUGUAUCCACCAGUACUUGAAAUUCACGAUUUUCCACCGUCACACUGCUCACGGGCCUGCGGGCCUGAUUGUGUUUGACCGCCCCAACUUUCUCAAUACCGCAAAGGGAUUCCGCAUCGCUACUAUCCGAGUCCUUUUCGACUGCUUUCAGCACAACCUUGUUUUCUUUUCCUUUCAUCCUACACCAUUUGGCGAAAUGAUUCAUUUUGUUACACGUCAAGCAUUUCUUCCCCCGGGCUGGACAUUUCAUCCUUCCUCCAGCGUGCGGAAAAGUUCCACCACAAGAAAAACACACCUUUCCAGCCGUCUUGCUUUGUGCCUGUUGUUCGAGCGUAUAUAACUUCUCCUCUGGAUUGGUGUCAGUUCCAUGGCUUUGUCGGUCUAUUUCAAUUCUUUCCGCUUGCUUAUCCGACAUUUCCUGGGCUCUUGCGAAAUCCACGGCCUCCGUUAGGGUAUGAGGUUUGCUAAGCAACCGUCUUCUGACCCGCCUCGAUUUUCCUUUUUCUGUUAACUGCAGCUGAAUUUUAACAUCACCCCAAUCCGUCGGAAAAUCGCAAGGACCCGCUGCUUGCUUUAGGCGAGUAGCGAAGUCAUCGUAUGACUCCUCUUUCUCUUGCGUUAGCUGCCGAAACUGGUAUAUGUUGAAUAGGUGAUGUUUUCUUGGUUCAAAAUAUUCCAUGAGUUUCUCAGCGGCGGUUUCGAAAUCCUCACCGGUGUCUUCUAGGGUGUCAAAAAUGUCUUGUACUUUUGGUCCUGCACAAUGUAAACAUAAAGCUCUUUUCCUUGCUCUAUCCUUUAUGUUCAUUGCCAACGCGUAAACUUUAAAUCUUUCCACGUAUUUUCUGAAGCGCGAACCCACCGAAGCUGGAUCCAUGUCGGGGUCGAAUGUUCCGUAAUUCAGGUUUGUAUCGAAACCAGCCAUUUUCCAAAAAUAGAGGAACUCCUCGUCGCCAAUGUGAAGUCGCGAAUCGAGCUCAAUAAACGGUUACAUUAUACACUAGUUACAUUGCACACUAGUCCGUUCACCACUGUCCUAUAUGCAAAUCCAGUCACUCUUUUAGAAAGAGGGUGAGGAUUUAGCGUGUUAACGCUCAUUCUGCAUCUAAUUAUCCUAUAAGUCGCUUUAGACCCGACACUACAGCAGCAAGCUUAUUUUAUUUAACACACAUAAUAAAUGUUUAAGGUUGUAUGGAAAUCCUACCAACACAUUGUGGUACAGGAUCUGUAAAGGUUAAUUAUUACAGGUGUAUGAUGAACAUAUGAGGCAUGGUAAAACCACAUAUAGUAUAAAAGUAAAUAAACUCCAGAUGAGACUACCAUACUAUCUAUUUUGGAUACACACUCGGUGAUCUUUAUGGUGUUUGAACCUCGCGAGUAAAUAAUCUGAAAUAAUGCGUGAGCUCGGUGUUUUGUCAAUUCUUUUAGAGUAAGAACUUUUCAAAAUUUGUCAAAAUAAAUCCUAGGGCUGAUUUUUUGAAGGUAAGAAAAGACUUCAAAGUAUUCAAAAGAGCGUUUUCCGAUUAACUAAAGCAGUAUUUUUCGCUCGAUGGAAUGUUUACAGUUAAGAUUACAGUUUAAUCGAGUAGAAGUCAAGGUGUUUUUGUAAACUCAACAUUUCCUUUACAGGCGAAUUUUUCCCUGCAGAAAUCAAAUUCAACUUAUGACAAAAAAAUCAAAGCAAAUCUUUACGAAAACUCGAGAUUUCAACUUAAUAGGACAGAGAAAACUAUAGAGAAACGGUGCCUUACCUCAAGCAACCGGGCCACCAUUGUCAGCACUUGCGAAGAACAACACAGCUGCAAAAACAACCUUUUCCCUAACUUGACCCGUCGACAUAAGCAGUUGAAAACAAAGCUGAACGUUUCUUUUCAGUCUGGGAAGUACAAUUUAAACUUCUGGCGGUUCCAUAUAAACCAUUAGGCUAUUGUUUGCCAAAGAAUUUUUAAACCGCGAUUUGAUUUGCAAUUUUUGAAAAUUCUGUAAAGAUCAAGCUUUUGCGCAUGUACUGUACAGGUACCGAUUUCCACGCAUGAUUUGAUCCGUCAAUCAAAUUAAACAAAUGGUUUCCUUACUGAUUUAGGAGUAUUUACCUCGCUGAGAAUAUUCAGCUUCUAUUCAUCUCCUGUUCAACAAAGAAUAAUUGUUAAUUGUCCAAUGUGAAGUGCGAAACAAGAUUCCAAGAUUCCUGGUCAUGUCCUUGAGAAAAAUACUAGAAACCGUUAUAGGUUUUUUUUCUUCCUCCUUCAAGAGAAAAUACGUCCACACGUUUGUCCACACGGUCGCUUGUACGGUCGUCGUUCUAGGACCCACGGGUUUUGCGUUCAACGCUUAUGCGGGCCGCAAAUACUGCUUCUCCUCUUUCCAGCUGUUCCAACAAAAACGAUGGUCACGCAGUCGCUUUAACUGUAUUUCUAUGAUUGCUUGUAAAGGACCCGUUUGUGUAGCAGUUUUAACUAGUUUCUAUGGUAGGUUCUUCGUUGAAGUAGGACAAUUUAUCAACUCAAAGUCUUUCCACUUAGACCGCCAUUUUUUUCAUUUGCUGCCUCCGCCUCGCUUUUGCACGCUCAAUCGUGAAAGCGAGUCUUCCGGAAGUCAACAAGUUUACCGGAAACUGUUUCCGCGUGGUCCGCAUAGUUCUAAAAAUAACUUUUUUGAAAUUAACAUAUCCCGGCCAACGCCCUUAGACUCCCUCUCUGUCCUAUUAUGGCUCCUGCUUUUAAUAAUAACACGACCCAAGAAGCUUAUGCUUUGAAUUUUUGUCGUAUUAAAAUAAAGGAUUUUAAGAUUAGAAGAAGCAUAAUCAGUUUUAUCUCGAAUAUGAAAAAUUAACUGCACAAUUUGCGAAUAUAUAAAGGACUUGCAAAAUUAUGCUUUGAAUUUUUCUCGUGUUUAGAUAAAGUAUUUGAUGAUCAGAAGAAGCAUGAACAGUAUUCUUACAAUUAUGGCGAGGGACCUGAAGAAUGUGCGACAACAGGACUUGGAUACUUCGGUUGGUAGUCAUUCCAUUUUUGCACUACUUUUUUUUCUUUUAUAGGCUUUUUUGCGGAUACCCAGAGAAAAAAAUACUACUUUGAAUUAAACUUAGUUGACCACUUUAAUAAUUAAUUGAUAGGGUAUUCUACAGAUAAUCCAUACUUCUUUUUCUGAUAAAAAUGUUUUGAAACCUUGUUGAUACGACAAGGUUGUUAUUACGACUAGUCUUUUCAGUUCUCAGUAAGUGCAUUAACGAAGGUUUUCAGCAUAUUUCACCAAAUAACAUUACCUUUGACGCUUUUGUAAUUAAGGCCACGCUCAUAUCUUCCCGCUUUAACACAAAUCACUACAUCGAAGAAAAGAGCAAAGAAAGAAGUUAUUUACAGGCCGAACUAUGGCAAAAUCUAUAAAAUAUUUACACCUGCCUAUCAGUUUAAAAUCCAUUGUCACUUUGGUUCCCACAAUGCAUUGCAAGCAAUUAAAGAUUUCGUGGUCCAGGUAAUUCCAUCGCGACUUCUGAAUCGCUUUAACAAGAUAAUGGUUAGUCGGCUUAAAGGCGAACAUGUUUUUUCCAUGUCCAAUGGAUCCAAGAUGCAAGUGAUUGCUCCUUACCAACGUUAUCCUUUCCUCAGGAUCAGGGCCUUUGUGAUAUUAAUUAAGUAUUGUGCCAUAUGACUUUGGUCCUUGAUGACACCGUCCCUGUUUGCGAGUAAUUAACGCAUCUGGUUUGCAACUUUAAGAAUUAAUAAAAGGCCACAAUGAUCUCCAGAAAUUCGGUUUUUUGCAUGCAGAAUGCACAGCCUAUGAAAGUUUUUGUAGCGCUGCAAUUUUAUGGUUCGCUGAUUCUACAUUUUUUUAUUGCGUUUGACGAAGGAAAACACCUAAUACAAUUUGAGUCCCGCGGGACUCGAUGCGUUCUGGUUGCCAUACGAUUUCACGGUUUUGCGCCAUCUUCGACCGGCUGGCACAUUUUGCCUCGAUCUCAUGUGUUCAGUUUUCCUUGCUCGGGAACUGGUAUCUAUUUUGUGACACUCCACAACAACAACAACAACAACAAAAACAGUCUUUAAUGAAUUUCAUGCAACAAGUUACAGUUGUCUUGUCCACACAAUUAGCAAAAAUGCUAUUCUAGGCGGGACAAUAAUAGUUUGCAAUUAUAUUUACAACAAAUAGUUAUAACAAAUAACACACAAACACUCACCCGCACUCAAAUAGAAAAGAAAGAAAGAAAAGAAGGGAUUAGGGAAGAGAAAAAUGAAAGAAAACAAAGAAAUAUCACGAUAACUUAACAAAUAUUUUAAUAAACUAAAAAUAAGAGCGCACUAUAAAUAGGAAACUCUAUUAGCAGGAGAAAGGCAAUUCUUACAAUAUUAUGGUAAUAGAGCUAGGUAAUUGACUCAGAAAACUGAAGUAACCAGAUGGGGUAAUUCCAACAAGGCCUUAAUGGUCUUAUGUUCCUUGCACUCACUCCAUGUCGCCGUGGCUUAAGGUGAGGUGGGCUUCUCAAUGAAGACUUCCGUACAGUCAAUAAUUAUUCUGGUAUUUGGAUAUUUCUUGAAGGAGUGAGGAAGAUUGUUUUUUUACUUCUUCCUUACUUGACCAGAGUACCAAGGUAUCUUUAAAUAUUGAAGCAAGAAAGCAAACCCAUGUGGUAAAAAUGCGGUUGAGCUGUGCCUGGGAGAUAGAAAAUACAUCAGCAAGAUGCCUUCCCAUCAAACCAAGCCUCAGCCUAAGAAUACAUAUGACAAACUCCUCAGUGACAUUUAGACUUCUCUUUGGUCCAGUCUUACAGUUAGGGGAAGUCUGGUAUUUCAUAUGUUUGCCCUUGUUCUUAUCCCAAUACUUAAGUUUUUCUGACUCUGGUUUGAUCAAAUUAGUUAGCAUAUUAAAACAUUCCAUUGUUGAUAUCCCUGUAUAAAACUUGACAAAAUCAUCACUUUUCAGUACAUCGUUCAAAAAUAACUCUCGUUUUAAUUUGACUUUUGUCUGAUAGCCUGUCGUUAAGGCUUUUAAUUUCCUUCUCCUGCUCGUCUAUGUCACUCCAGGUCAUGUCAGUUUGACCGCCUACAGACUUGACCUUUUCAAGUUCAGCCUUCUGAAGUUCAUCGUUUGAAGGUCGAUCACUUCAACUUGUUACGUAAGCAAACAAUAAGAAUGAUCAUCCUGGACAUCUCGAAGAUCAGCAUCAUCGACAUAAUUUCCCCAUCAGUGUAUACAUUCUGGCUGGACCCGCAUGUUUUGAAGUCGUCGUUCAGCCUACGUUUCUUCCUCACUGAUUCGUAGUGAACAUUUCUCGGUGUGCUUUCUUCUCUCGCAUGGAAAAUCGUCAGUAGACCUACAUUAGUCGCUUUUCUUUUACCAUUCCACAUUUUUCUGUAAGAAUCGGGAGUAACAUGUGCACUGCAGAUCCUCAAGUUGUUAGAUUUCCCAGCCUUCGCCUUGGCUGCCUCAAAUGCGAACUUGUUGUCGCCUCUUCGACAGAAUUUUAGCCACUUUUAAGCCUCUUGUUAAAGGGGAAAACGAAAUACGAUAAAUCUUUUCGAUCGCGAUUAGCGCUUUUUGAACAGGCAACAGAACAAUAAACAAUUAUUUAUUAUGAAUAAAACAAUGUUUUGAAUCGAAGGCAGUGAAUGGUGAAAUUUUCCCGGGAGAGCUUUCAGAUUUCGCGUGCACCGUCAAGCGUGACUGAGCACUUAGCCUCGAUCUUGUGUGCAUUUUCGGUACCAGUCUCCGCAUGGUUGAGAACUCGGAAAUGGGCUAUUAGUUGAUAGGGUAUAUUACAGAUAAUCCAUACUUCUUUUUCUGAUAAAAAUGUUUUCAAACCUUGUUGAUACGACAACGUUGUUAUUACGAUUAGUCUUUUCAGUUCUCAGUAAGUGCAUUAACGAAGGUUUUCAGCAAUUUCACCAGUUAAAAUUAUCUCGAUGCGUUCUGGAUGCCAUGCGAUUUCACGGUUUGGCGUCAUCUUGAACCGGCUGGCACAUUUUGCCUCAAUCUCAUGUGUUCAGUUUUCCUUCCUCGGGAACUGGUACCUAUUUUGUGCCACUCCACAACAACAACAACAACAACAACAACAAUAAACUAUAAAUAAGAGAACACUAUAAAUAGGAAACACUAUUAACAGGAGAAAGCAAUUCUUAAAAUAUUAUGGUAAUGGGGCUAAGUAAAUGACUCACUAAAAUAAAGGUAGGAGAAUCGAAGGACACUACAUACGUAACAAAAAAACAGAAAACAUUCAAGAAGCAAGCAAGAAUCGAAGAGAAAUAGAGAAAGUUACGGAGUACUUAGAUUCACGUCCAUCGUGGCAGCUCAAGGGAUCACGGAUGAAAUAUUGGCACGUUUGUGUUUACCACAGGUUUGUUUAUCGUUUUGCUCACAGUUUUAAAUUUUUGUUGUUUUUUUUUUCUUAUAGGAAAAUGUCCAUUCUAAAGAAAUCAGAUAUUAGUUUAAGGUGUUUCGAUACAGUUUUUCAGAGGCCAUACCGGUGUCUUUCAAUCGCCUUAUAAGUGGUUUUUUCCUUGUCCGAUCACUAUAAAGUUUUCACCAGUAAUUGGCUAUGGAUUGCAAUUUGUGAAAAUGUAGUUUUAAGUGAAAUCGAUAUUACUAUAACAUCAAUAAACUAGUAAUAGUUGACACUACAGCUGCCCCCGUUCUGUAUAUUGUCGGUCAAUAGUAUUCUUGCUGGUUGUGUAGCUCUUUGAAAUAUACCGAUUCAUAAUGAAGAUUUUCACACAUACUCCAUAAAAUACAGCGACCGACAAUAGGUGAGAUAAAUACAGGAAACGCAAGGUUCCAUGCACAGUUUCAGCUCGAUUUACACAGCUUUGAUCAAAACAUUUUCAAUUUCGAGAAUAGUUUAUUCUAAACCAUAAGAAAAGAUUCAAUUAGAAGUUGAAUUUUUCGCUAUUUCUCUUUCACUUUUUACAUUCAGUUCAUUUUCUUUGCCGGAAAGUAAGCCUUAGAAAUUAAACGGACGUUUGAUCGAUUCACGCUCGCGCAUUCUAGUCUUAUUUGAAACUUUAUAACGGAAGGACAUCUGUGAGCAGGGAAUAAGUAAGCACAGAAUUUGAUUGUCGGCGAAUUUCUGUAAUUGUCCGUCAAUUUGCUAGUGAUAAGCUAGCCGUUGUUCACUCGUCUUGCUUGUUUGGGGCUGAGUCUUAUUCGGGUCAAAGAGAGACAAAGAGUGUCUGGCAAGGUUUCCAAUAUAAAUCAAAGAUUUGUGAACUCGUGUCUGGCAAACUCUCCAAGUGUUUAUAUAUAAACAGUUAAACGCACCUUAUAACCUCAUCUGCGCUUAACGAGUGUCUGUUGGUCCAUAACUUUCAAAACAACUGCUCCACAGAAUGUCACUGCGUAACGCAAAAGAGUAUCGAAGUAUGACUGCACAAUAAAUGUCACAAAAUCUACCUGAGCGGUCCCUUCGGGAUUUUCUGUCUUUACGUCAUCCUAACCAUUUCGAACUUGCGGUCGCAAACAAUAGAAACGUCAUCAUUACCUACCGAUUCCUCGCGGCCCCUGUUCAAGCAAAUCGAGAUUUUUUUCUAGUAUACUGACUGUAUAUUUGAACUGUAAGUACUUUCCUUAACAUACGCGCUAGUUACUAGGGUGCCUCCUCGGGAUUUCGCCUCUGGGCGAAAUCCCUGCGGGGGCAGCAAAAAAUUUUGAAAUUGAUAAAAGCCGAAUUUUGUGUGAUCUAGACCAGCUACUGAAAAUCCAACACUAGGAACUUAAAGUUUGGUGUUUAGCAAACAAUCUCCGUAAGAAGUAAGUAAUUCUGUAUGUUAUAAUUCGACUAAAACGGAAAUAUAUUUCAGACCUUAAAUUUUCAAUAGCUGUGAUAGAUUAUUUAAUAAAAAGUUUAUAAAUGACUCAAAUUAUUCUUAAGGAGCGUCAGAAUGCUGCUUAAUUAUAUUUUGAUGCUAGGAAAUUUUGGUGUAUUUUCGUUCUUGCGAUCUUGAAAACUAAACCCCCUUUCUCACCACCUGUCUGAGUGCAACUUCAUUCAAAAUUUGGACUUUUUGCGCUUUUUUGUAUAUCUCUGAGACGACUCGAACGAAUUUUUUUUUAAAUCUCUUCACAUUAUCUUCAUAAUGUAUAUUGAGAUUGAUUCGCUGCAACAUAUUAAAAUUUCAAGACAAACCUAUCCUAUGAACCUGUCAAAAAUCUGCGUUACAACAUUUACUGUUUUGACGUUAUGCACUUGAAGAACAUAUGGCCGACAAGUGUCUCGCAAAACGUCGCGAAGUCUCUCGCAGCUUGUGAUUCUCGGCGUCUACAUAAGGAGAAUCACUUACGAUUCAGCAACAGUAAACAUUUCCGAGAUUAAACUGACCACUAACAAAAUGAAGGGAAAAAGCAAAUCAACUGCCAAACGUUGUUUCAUUGAUUUUGCAACUCACGUCAUUUUAACCCGAUAGUUAACAAGUUAAGACUAGUAGCGAGGUACGUUAAAUUUAACGCAACCAGAAGAAAUUUAACCCAUGGUUAUACUAACCGGCGUUCGAGCAACCGAAACUAACCGUAGCGCUUUUGGUGCCUCAAGGGAGGACGCCUCUUCGGGAAAGGGCGCUUAAUUCUUUCUUAAGAAACAACCAAAUGUAAAAAAAAAAAAUAAUAAUAAUAAUAUUUAUGUAAAAACGAACAAUAUUUGAAACUGUAACAGUAACAAAUACUCAUGGCGGUGAAUGUUAACGUGAGGGACUUACCUUGAAACUUGUUGGGCGUGUGCCGAUGGAACUUUUUCCUUCCUUAUAUUCACCUUUCUUUAAAAAGCCCGCAGUGAGAACAAAGUGCAAGUCAAGGUGAGUGGAUCAAGGAGACUGGAAAACGGACUUGUCGUCCCUGGAUCCUUCCUCGCUACAAAAUUUGAAGAAGAGAUCAUACCUCGCUUCAAUUUGUUAGGAGAUAUUGUGUGAAAAAAUUUGCAGCAGACUUUAAUUUUUGCGAAAAGACGGCAUUUUUGUUGCGACUUGUCCAGGACCCUGCCAGAUCGAAAUGACCAGCCUUGACUUCGUCUUAUGAAGGUAGUAACAGUGGUUAUGCAAUAAAGCCAAAAAAAAAAGUAAAACGACAAGCAGACACCGACAGACAGUGGAAUACAUCUCAAAAGUAGGUUGAGUUUGAUCGUCCGGGUGAACGUAGUCCUGAAUAAGACUGUUGUUGUUGACAGUGACUGAUGUUUUGACAACCUGUGCGGUAGUCAUCUUCAGAGUCAAAGUGAGUUGUAUCACGUCAGUUGACGGUGUUAUGCUCUAGUUAUUGAUCUGAUUGGUCAAUUACGUCGCUAUGUUAUUGGUCGUCUGUCAGUUAAACCAUGAUGUUAUUGGCUAUGAAGACUCGUAAUCAGUGAUUGGUGCGUUUCGAUCCGUCUAUUGUCGCAGUUAAACAGUCGUCUAUUGUUAGUUAAAUUGUUAGUUCUCCAGUUGUUCUCUCGUAGUUAGUUUUGCUUGAUCUCGUCAAUAAGUCGUUUGUACGGCGCUGGUAACUGUUGACUACGAUUCAGUGGCGUUUGUUCUAGUCCUUUAUAGGCUUUUUCGCGAAUACCCAGAGAAAAAAAAUACUACUUUAAAUUAAACUUAGUUGACCAAUUAGUUGAUAGGGUGUCCUACAGAUAAUCCAUACUUCUUUUUCUGAUAAAAGUGUUUUGUAACCUUGUUGAUACAACAACGUUGCUAUUACGAUUAGUCUUUUUAGUUCUCAGUACAGAAAAAGUGGAUUAACGAGGGUUUUUAGCAUAUUUUACGAGUUAACAUCACCUUUUGACUGUAAUACACUUUUAUAAUUACGGCCACAUGCAUAUCUUGCCGCUUUAACACAAUUCACUACAUCGUAGAAAAGAGAAAAGAAAGAAGUUAUUUACAGACCGAAAAAUAUUGCAAAAUCUAUAAAAUAUUUACACCUGCCUAUCAGUUCAAAAUCCAUUGUGACUGCGGUUCCCAUAAUGCAUUGCAAGAUUUAGUGGUCCAGGAAAUUCCAUCGCGACUUCUGAGUCGCUUUAACAAUAUGACGGUUAGUCGCCUUAAAGGCAAACAUGUUUUUUUCCCAUGCCCGAUGGAUCCUUGAUGCAAGCGAUUGCUCCUUAUAAACGGUAUGCUUUUUUCACGGUCAGUGCCCUUGUUGCUGUAGAGCAAGCGUAGCGAGCGAGCAGCAACAUAAUCAGGAUUUAAGAGAAAUAUAUAAGGUGGGACGAAUUCUCGGAUUCAACACACUUUUUUCCUAAAUUCUUGACAAAAUGCAUAUUGCAUUUAACCAGAGUGCACUGUGGCACUUUUUACCAGAGCACCCUGCUCCAUUUUUACCAGAAUGUAUUGCGCCACGAACAACUCAAAUCAAAACACGAGGAAAAUUAUUCGCUGAGAGUAUGCAUCGUUCGCUGCUCAGGCUCAGAGUUUUCUUUGUGGCAAAUUUUCUACAGCACGGUUAGAGGUCUUACCAAAUUUAAGACACGCAGGAGUCUUUCAGGUGGAUUUCAAGAGCCCGCAACACGGGGGAUAUACAAAUUCAGCUUGCUAGAAGGUGAUGUGAAAGUGAGAAAAUGUCAUGCUAUGCUAUUCUUAAGAACUUGCAUGGGCCAAAAAUGGAUGUAAUUUUGACCAUUAGCUUCAAAACUGUAACAGCGCAAAUCGAGAUACUACACAGAAAACAUAUGUUUUGUGUCCUAGAUCGCAGACGAUAACGUGUAUCGGCGUUUUGUGAAGCAUAAUUAGAGAGCUUAAGCAGCGGACGUUCUUGAGGUCACGGACGUCAGGAAGGUUGCUCUCGGUCUGGAUCGAGUACGGCGUUUGUGGCGCGAAAAGCGAAGAUUAAGCAAUGAAUGGUUUUUGGUAUAACGCGAGUCACGGACGUUUUGUCUGUUUACUUUUGCUAUUUGAAAUGUCAUCACUCAUAGCAUUUCAGAAAGAUCUUUGUCGUUGACAGAGACUCGUACAUUUUUUUUUUUUUUUGCCCCAUUCUCAUUUGAACACAGAACACCCAAGCGAUCUGUCUGUGUAAUCGUUCGUAUUUUUUUUUCAGUGAAAGUUUAGGAUUUUCCGUAUGUCUCAUUGUAGCGAGGCCGCCACUAGAUAUAUCUCAGAUAUGUGUAUGGAUCAAGGCUAUGAAACGACUCAAAUGAUCGAUCAUUAACAGAUUCCGUCCUCCGAAAUAACCUUUCCGUCUCGUUUAAGCUUAUACACGUAAUUUGACGAAAGUCAGAGUCCCUUCAUUUUUUUGGAGAAAAAGAAAUUGAGAAAGUGGAAUGAGCGGAAAUCGAUCCCAGACCGAUAACACUGAAACCCAUAGCCAAAACUACUACAUUCUUUCGGAUUCGAUAGGGACAGAAAAUCGUUUUUAUUCACAGAUAUAUAGCGACAACCCUAACAGUAAAUGACAGUUAGCCAUUUCCAGUCAGUGCUUUAUAACCCUUAGACGAAAUUCUUUAUCACUAAUGGUGCGGCUUCUUCUAUUUUCCUGUAAACAGGUUUGAGGGCACUUAAGAAUUUAUUUCUUUAGAUUUUAUUAGCUUUUAAUUGUUUAUUUUAAUAAACCUAUAAGAAGGGCUUAACACAGAAGUAAGUUAUGAAAUUUACUGAUUGUGUUUCCGUUAUAAUAUCGAAUUACUCCUUAAUUUUGGCGCGAAAUUUCAGCGUUAAUUUGUAAUUUCACAUGUGAAAUUACAAAAUUGCCAUGACAACCCUUCCGUACGUCUCGGUGUCAAGAUGGCGACGAAGUUUCAAAAUGCCGUGAAUGAAGAUGUCAGGGCACAAAAAGACGCUUUAGAAAACCUGAACACUCAAGAGAACAUCAAGAAGGAUUCUAACAGGUAUUUUGCCGAAAAAGUCUGAAAAAUUCUGAACUUUAUAAGCCAAAUUUAAGGUCUAAACAUUUGAGAGAGUGGAGUUCUCGAUCGAUACGAUCCAGCAUACACAUGUCAAAAAUCCAAGAUUGCUAACGUAAUUCGUCACCCAUGAUAUUAAUAGGUAAUUAAAUGGUAUACUCGUGAAAUUAGGGAAUAAUUUCACUUGCGUUUUGUCCAAAUACUAAUAAUUUCCCGAGCCUUCGAUUUGGACAAAACGCGCGUGAGAUUAUUCCCUAAUUUCACAUACUAAUUUCAUUUUCCGAUUAUCUCACGUUCUUUUACUCAUUCUCUCAGAACAUAUUCACUCGGACAACCCAGAUGCACCCAUUUGCGCAGAGUUUAUUCUUGGCAAAUGUAAGAAUGGUUCUAAGUGUGCAGGCCAUCACUGCUUUUUGCCUUACCAGUGGCAAUAUAGCGAUGCAGGUGAAUGGAAGAGUUUAAAUUACAAAGACAACGAGAGGCUAGAAAAACUGUAUUGUGACGUGACGCUCGAGGAAUUUUCUCCUAUGGUCGUUCGAAGAUCAAAUUUUCGAAAGUAUGUUAUAAUUAUAAAUUAUUAUAACUACAAAAAUAUUUUGAUAGACUAAUUGAUUGUCAUUCAUUUAGUUAUUGUGAAGUUUAUGAACACAUUUCAGUCCAAAUCAAUAAUAAGCGUACGGCCAGAGACCAGAGAUAAAAAACCUUAGCAUGCUUCUUCAGUGUCACAAUUCUGGGAAAGGUACUUGAUAGGAAAAUUUUCGACAAAAUGAGCUUUUAAACGAAUGUUUUUGCGAAAACGUUGGAGACAAGAAGGCCUAGAUAUUACAAUUUAAAGACAGUAACCUUUAGAAUUUUUAGCGUAGACUUAAUUGAUUUAUCAAUAUCCUAGCUUUUUGUGAAAAAGGAAGGCUCACGGGCACCCCAGGAGCCCCCCUCCCCUAGUUAACCCCUGGAUUGCUCGAUCGAAAGUGAUAAACAAGUUUAAUGUAAAACUAAAUGCCUCUUUUAAAUCUAUUUUAAUCGCUUAUAACCAUUUUAAUAACUACAGAAUAGCAAAUAAAAAUAACUGCAGACUGCUAACCUAUAUAUAAUUGCUAGUUAGGAAGCGUGUUACAUUCUCCGAACGAUACCAUGAAAACGCGUCUGAAAUUUGAAAUUUGAAGUGCUUCGCACCUCUUUAGACAUCAUUUACGUUUUCAUGAUUGUCAUUUUUAUUCAUACUUUAUAUUUUUAGGGAUAAAGUUUUGCGUGCGCACCUUAACGACAUGUAUAAUGUCAAUAUUGUGCUUGAUAAUAGGGUAAAGAUUACACAGAAAGAUUUUGAAAGGUUCGGGCAACUACGACGUCUAUGUACAGAGUCUUAUGUCAACUCAACCAACCCCCUGGCUACUGAGUGGAUAUGGUACUGGAAGCGCGAAGAUGGAAGAUGGCGGAAGUAUGGACAAGACGACACGGUGAGCAAAAUGGAGAAAUGUCUAAGCAAGCGUUGUGUUUUCGGAUGAUAACACUUUAGACUGGUGAACUCCGUUUUCAACUUGCCUAGCUGGCAAGUGAAUUAUUUGAGGGAAUUCAAAUUUUCAGCGAAUUCGCAACAAGUGAGCCUGCUGACUACAAAGGGAUACAAGUAUUAUGGAAUGUGGCGUUGCUUGGGACUAAGGGCGCUUUCCACUCAACUCCAAAUUCCGAAAAUUUCGGUUGGUAUAUCAAAUGGAACGGACCAUUUCGGUUUGGUCCGACCGGAAUAUUCAGGACCAGCUUUGAAGGUGGCCGACUUUGAAAGGUCUGGUCAUUUCGAUCGGUCGGACGAAACUGACCCUUUCCAUUUGACAAAAUUGUUGUCCCCAGUACAGAUCUUUCGUAUCCUACUUCUUACAAGGACAAUACCCAAACACGCGGUGGCUAAUGGGUCGGGUCUGUGCAACCGGAAUGUACCGUUCCAUUGGGCACGUGGAAUUUCCGAAAUUUCAAACCGCAAUAUUUGUUGAAUGGAAAGCGCCGUAAAACUUAGACGCCAUCUUGGCCCCCAUGUUGGAUCAGUUACUGAAAAUUCAUUUGGGGGCCAGUGUAGGCGUUAAGCCAUUUUGAACAAAAAAUCAAGAAAAGCCUUUCAGGUGGACGAAAGAGUGGCGUCUUCCGUUGCAUAUUUGAGAGUUAAAUUACUGGGCGUUCAUUGUGGUGAGAGACAGAGGACCUCAUCAAAAGUAAGAGGUCUGUCCGAGUUCUAUUGUUGAUUACAGCUUGACGCCAGCGUCUGUUGACUCCAGUUAAUUCUUUCACUGCCAUAGCGCUGGGUGCCAAAACAUAUAUUUAAGCGACAUAUCAAAUUUGUUUGAUUGAGGUUUCAUUUGCAUUGUCACUUCACAGGACUGGAGAUAUAAAAUAGUUAAUAUUAGGUCUGUUGGAGCAAAAAAGACGUUAAAAUGGUUAUCCAACAUUGUCUAUGUAUGUAAUAACAGCGGGAUAUAACGCGUGCGACUUUUGACAGAAAACACAAAAGCACCGUACCUUGAAGUGAUUUAUGGAUGUAAACCCGCGUGAAGAAUGGGACGAGUCGCACGCUUGCGAAAAUGCCUUGCGGGCUCAACUUUCUCUGCGCGCGGCUACUUCGCUGCCAAAAAGCACUGCAACAUCCAGAUCCUGCCAAAAGCACUCCCGCGCGAUCUGAUACCACCAGUCUUGCUACGCCGACUACGUUCGAGUCUUUGGAUUAGUAUGCAGGUACAGUUCAAAUCUGACGAGUUGAAAUUCCUUUCACAGGGGAAAGAUCUCCAAGAACCUCUAGAGAAAUCCUUCUUGGACGAGAAAAACUACUUCAGGUUCCGCAUUGCAGACGAGAAUUACAUUUUAAGAUUUGACCCAUGGGGUGACAUGAGGCAGGAAAACGUAACAUACCGUACCAUAAAGAAAGUAAGAAGAAGGCCUGCAAAAUUUUUGUCCAUAGAAGACAUUUCUCAACUUAUAAGGUAUUUGUGUGGUACAAUUAAUGACUGGAAAGGUGACAAACUCUGGCCAAUGAUAUGUUCAGAGUAUAACGAGACUAUUUCCUGAGGGUAUGAGUGGGAUUUGCUGACAAGGGAAAAAUGAUGAGAAAAUCAUGUUCCAUUUACCGGAAAACGACCGCGAAGGCCUGAAACUGGUUUGAAACACAGGAAAAAAUAACAGAUUCCCAAUAUUGGACAUUUUAGGGUAUUUAAAGAAUACCCACAAAAAUCCCAAGUGUGGCAAAGUGAAACAGGUCCCAACCAGGGAAUUCCCAACCAAGUCCCCUGGUUGGGACUUUUCUUACUCCUCCAAAUUUAUUUUUGUGGGUAUUCUUUAAAUACCCUAAAAUAUCCAAAAAUGGGAAUCCGUUAUUUUUUUCCUGUAAAAGUUGGCUUUCAAGAAAUGGAACACGCAUUUCCGUCUGGAAUAUUCCGUCCGGAAAAAAGGAUUACCCUUUUAGAUGUUCCGUUGUUCCCGGAAAUUUUCCGCUUGAUCGGCGAAAACAGUCAUGUUCCACUUUAACUUUCCAUCAGAUUUUCCGGAAACGUUCUGUAAAUGGUAAAACAACCUGUGUCUGACUUGGACCUCCACCUAUGGUCAAUUGACAGCUAUCGAAAUAGGGUGUCACGUGACUGUAACGCGGGAUCAGGUGUACGACUCAUUGAGGUGAUUCUUUUUAAUUAGCUUCUCCGGUGACCAGGUUUUGGUUUUCGCAGGCGCAGGUCUUUUUUUCAGGAGAAGUUCAGUUUACUUCUUGUUUAUGGCGAAAGUUAAAUUACUCCAUAACGACAUUUCUUCAAAGAACCCAUGAGAGCUUCGCUUUUGGCCUUGUUUAAAUCUUUAUAUUAGGUCAGGUCUAUGCAUGAUGGGGAUUCUUUCAGACUGAGCGGCCAAAAAAUUCCGUGGGGGCGUAAUAGGCACAGGACGUUUUUGAAUUCUUGGGGCUAUAACUUUGUGUCCUUUAAAGGUAUGUUACUGAAAUUAAUACAAGCAACAAUCCCUGAAUCCAGGAACACUUUGAAUUAAGCGUUUCCGUGGUUACCAGUCACGUGACUCUCUCGUGGCCAAUUAAAAAAUCAAAACUCCAAAAACUUUAUUCCUCGUAGGUAUUUAACCUGAAACUGUGGUACUUUGCAGAAAUACAGUAGACAAAAACUUGAAGAACUUGUCCGACUUGAAUUGUCAAAUUUCAUUUUUGACGUCACAAAAUGGGCUUUUUGGUCAUGCACAGUAUUAAUCAAAAAAUGAAGACUUUGGAACAAUAACUUAAGAAAAAUACAAUAAAGGAAGUCUCAGCUCGUUGUCUUCUAUAGUUUAAGAGAGAUUGGUAACAUUUCAUGCAUACUUUAAAAAAUAGUUUGGAAAGAUCUUUGGCCGAUAUUUAGCCCUUUUUUUUCCCAGCGUGUAUAUAUAUGGCGUAAGUGUUCCGUUCAGGUAAGACGUCUGACGAAAGUUUCACAUAGUACUAUCUGCUGCUCAGUAACUGAUGGUAAAACUACUGAUUGUGGCACAGAACAUGUAAGAAUGAUGAUGUGUAUAGCAUUAAUCGUCUUUUUCGUUAGGUCUCAGAACGAAGUAAUAGUUAGCAACCACCAAGGAAAAUAUACAAGAGGCGGUUAUACGCCAAGCCAUUGGGCUCCAAUGCCAUCCACGAUGCUAUAUCAACGUGUUCCAUUAUCACGACGUUCUGACGAAUUUAAAGAAGUAAAAAAACUCUUCAAAAAGUCGAUCGAGCGGAGUGUGAGAAUCAUUGGCAUUGAACGGGUGCAAAACCCUUUCAUGUGGGAAAAGUACCAAAGGUAGACAAGUGCAUUAAAUAUAAGGUGUACUGUUAUAAUGACAAACGCUACUGGCGCUUAUUACAAACCUUAGAAAAAUCGAAUUAUCUGUGAAGAAGGAGAUUGAUUGUGAAGGGGCAAUUGACCCUUGUGUGUACUAAUGCCUGAGAAUUGAAGAAACUAUAAUUCCUCGCGAAGCGAGGCACCGCAGGCACCAUCGCGAAAGCGAGGUUUAUAAUGAUGGGGCGCGCUUUCUCUGCAGAUUGCCUGUAAAUCAUAGCGGCCUGCAAACGCGGGUGGCCCAUUUAUAUUUCUUUGCAAAUAUGUGUCUUGGUGUCCGCAAUGUAAUCACCUCAUCAAGCGAGAAACUUCGACGUUGUUUUGACUGUUUUUCCGGCCGUUUUGGCUAUUAAGAAAUGCUUUUGGUGAUUACUUUCGACGGCAAAAGUAUUUUAUAGAGAACAAUGAAGCAAUUUGGACAAGUCGCUUAAAAAAAUAAGAGCGAAAAUCGAGAUCAAAGAACAUUUUUCAGUGCGACUCACUUCGCAGACGAUUUUACCGGUUAAUAGGUCGCGGGAUAUGUUUGUUUGUCGGAAGUGCGUUUCAGUUUGGCUUUUUACCGUCAAAACGUUGUUUUUCCCUGAAUUAAAUCUUUACCUUUGAAUUCAUGCUUUGUUGUUAAUCUUUUUUUCUACUUAGUUUUUGCUUUGGUUUUUAAUCAUGUAUUUCCCUUUGGCUUGUUUCCGUUUAGUCUUACUGUCUGCUGACACUUUACAGCUUCACGAGGUUUUUGCCUCAACGUAUUUCUAGUUAUAUUUUCAAAGGAGAACAUUUUUCUUUUGAGGAGACUGUCCUAUUUACAAGGGUUGCUUGAGGAAUUUCACGCCCUCUCCCUUAUCUCUUUCAGUAGAGGGGAACCUUGUUUCCAGAUCUCUGUUCCUGUCCUUUCGGGCCGACGUGACAGGUAGAUAGGAGUGAAUUUAGGGGAGAGAUAGCUCACUAGCGAGGUUGGCAUUUAUGUCAUCGGCGUGCUGCCUUCGCCCUUCUGGAUUUGAAAGGUGUGGAGGGGAAAUUAAGGUCUAUUUUAAUUUUUGUAUUUUAUUUAGGAAAAAGGAAAACAUGGCAGCUGCGAAGACUGGUUCCCAUAAGGGAAGGUUCGUAAGCGAGAGGCAGUUGUUUCAUGGAACCAGCCCUGAAAUAGUGGAAGCUAUUUGUAAACAGAACUUUGACUGGCGUCUUUAUGGGAAGAACGCAACCAGAUACGGAAAAGGAAGUUAUUUUGCAUUAAACUCUUCCUACAGCGAUAUUUACGCCAAGAAAGAUUCCGAAAGGUCUAAGUUCAUGUUCGUGGCCAAGGUCCUCGUUGGAUCUUAUACUGCUGGCUAUUACAGUUAUCGAAGGCCACCGCCAAAGGACCCUUCGAACCCAUCAAGUGAUCUCUACGAUUCAUGUGUUGAUGAUACGUCAUGUCCUACCAUUUUCGUCGUUUUUGAUACUGAUCAGUCGUACCCGGAGUACAUAAUCGAAUACUCCACAUCUCAAGGCAGCUAUUAGCAGCCUAUAUUAAGAGGACCAGUUCCAAAACUUAGACACUCACAGGCAACAGUCGUUGCCAUUUGGGACCUUCAUCAACCACAACGAAGACGGCACUGAAAAGUCGUCACAAUGAAUUUCCAUUCUCUCAAACAUAAUUAUGUUUGUUGAGCCUCAGUUUCUCUUGUAGGCGAAUUUUCUUGAAGUUGAAUUCUUUAGCGCUGUAUUGAAGUUUAAAAGAGAAGAAAAAAAAUUGUCGUUGUUGUGCACGUGUUUUAACGCCCUCCAUAAAACAUCGCAUGGCAUUAUUCUCGUCACAGUGGACGUCAAAGAAAUAUACCGUAUAAUGUGCCUGGCGUUCUCGUUGACGUCAUCGACGUGGUUGUUAAAGCUUCCUUUUUUUAACGGUUAGUUGCACCAGCUGCAGUGGUAACCAAGCGUUUGAGGCAAUGUUAUAAGUGACCCGCAUAAUCGACGACAAUUUUGGGAACCAAUUUUGGAACAACGUUGUUACAAUUAGAACAAUAUCGCAACAGUGUUGCAACGCUGUGUUGCGCAGAAAAUGGUCGUUACAAAACGUUAAUUCCGCCUAACAUCGCGUUUAGUCACGGUAGAUUUAAGUUAUUAUCUGU